AUGAAGUACCAGAUAUGGGACGUAAAGUGUAUGAAGGAAGGGCAGCGGUGGUUUUUGAAGAAUUUAGACAAUAAGGGUUCUGUUAAUAUUUUGAAAGAAGAAAAAAAUACGAUGAACGUGAUGAUAGAUGGAAGUCGCUCAUUGCAGAUACAGAAAUUACUCUGCGAUAGAGACAUUCAGUAUGAAGUCGCAGAAGGUCAAGUGUCACGUAACAGAAGCCCUACCGGCACCAAACUCACUAGGCGAAGAUCUCCUAUCACAGUAAUGGAUUGGAAUGAUUUUUACCCACUUAGGAAUAUUUAUCAUUUCAUGGAAAAUCUAGAAGUGUGUUAUCCAUCAGUAUGCACUGUUUCUACUAUUGGUCGGACGACAGAAGGACGGGAGAUAAAGAUAUUAAAAAUUUCGAAUAGCAACUCUGGCAACACCGGCGUGUGGAUCGACGGAGGCAUACACGCCAGGGAAUGGAUAGCUCCGUCAGUUGUGACAUACAUAGCUGAUCAAGUUGCCAGGAACAUGGAUACGUCACCUGAAUACAUUACUAAUAAGGACUGGUAUUUCUUACCUGUCGUGAAUCCGGAUGGCUACGUUUAUUCGCACACCACUGAUCGCAUGUGGAGGAAAAGCAGAGCUCGCAUCGGCAGUUCAGUGUAUGGUGUCGAUCUUAACAGGAAUUUCGGAUAUCGCUGGUUUUCGAGGGACGAUUGUCCUGGAGAUGAUCCCUGUCAUCUGAAUUAUCGUGGCACACAACCAUUUUCGGAACCAGAAACUACAGCAGUAAAGGAUCUGAUCUUAUACGCUGGUGUCCCGUUUAAAAUAUUUCUGACAUUGCACGCGUACAGUGAAGUUAUUUCCUUUCCCUGGUGUUUCACUGCCGAGCCUUGCGCCGACUACGUCAACUUGUUAGAGGGCGCCACUGCUAUGACUAAAGCCAUCUUCGACGUAAACGGUCGUAUGUACAAAGUGGGUAAUUUCAAGGACAUAAUGUACCCAGCAUCCGGUACAAGUAUCGAUUGGAGCUAUGGCACGGCUCGCAUACCUUUCUCCUACCUCAUCGAACUGAGGAGUAAACAACACAAGUUUCUUUUACCCAAGGAAGAGAUAUUGGACUGCUGCAAGGAGGUAUACGCUGGUGUAAAGGCGUUAGCAUUAUUUGUUGAUAGGAAGAAAUGUUUAAAUUGUUCGAUGUUCUUUAAUAAACAAAAUGCAUAA